AUGAGAAAUUGCUACGAUGUGCUAGGUUGUUCUCCAACAGCUUCGUACAGUGAACUGAAGGAAGCUUAUUUCUCUAAGCUACGCAUAAAUCAUCCAGAUAAGGGUGGUUCCAGCUCGGCGUUAUUUCUGGUGACGAAGGCUUGGUCUGUCUUGAAAGGUGAGAAUACUCGUCGAGACUAUAAUAAUUGGUUAAGAGAACAGUUAAUACGCGAGAAUCAGGGUAUUGUUAGACAACAAAUCGUCAUCAAUAAUACUGUUGAGCGAGUUGAAGAAUUUUGCAGUUGCGGUGGUGAAUUUGUCCUUGAGAAAACAGAUAUUGAUCGAAUUAUAAAUUCUGCAUAUUUCGACUGUCCAAAUUGUUCGUUAUGUCUGGAAAUAUUAUUCAUUGAAGCAGUAGUGUCGUAUUAUAAAGUUUUUGGAUCAAAUAAUUUAGUAAGGACAAUCAUGGGUCUUUUUUCCUUCUUACGAUUCUGUGGCAUUUGGAAUCGACUUAGUCCAAAUGACGAGUGUCUUUAUUCAGAACUACAAAUGGAAAAUGCGACAUAUAUGAAAAGAAAGAGAAAACAGCAUGAUACAAUUCCCAGUAGUACAGUCGGCUGUGCUGUUUCCGUAAUCGCUCACCAAUAUCGUGCUGGAACCACUGACGAACAAACGGAACUUAUUGAGCUGUGGGAUAUCGGUGGCUCCACAGUUCAUCAGAAAGCAUCUGUUAAUUUCUUCGAUGGAGCUACAGGCGCGAUAUUAGUGCAUGAUUUGAGCAAUAAGAAAAGUGAGUCAAAUCUUUCGCAGUGGGUUGCAUUACUUCGUGGUGAAUCACCGUUACCUUCUAUGAUUUCACCUUUCACAAGUUCAUCCGGUUCACGAUUUUUGUUAAGCGAUAUUGAAAGUAUACCGAUGCCGACAUUGGUUGUUGGUUGUAAAUCUGAUUUAGCACCUGAACGAGCUAAACAGAUAGCAUAUGAUCGGAUCUCUUUAAAUUGCCGGCUUCCAAUUUCACCUGGCUCCACGACCCGAAUUAUCUUAUCAAAGUUUUUUGAUUCAGUUGUUGAGCGUAAAAAAGUGCCUUUGGCUGGAGACAAACGGCGUAAGAUUAUUACCACUUAA